UGAUCGCCUCCCGCACGUACCUCUCUAUAUUUGUUUCUCCCAUCCAUGCGAAGCUCCGGCAUCUAGCUAGCAGGUCGCUCGAUCGCCAUGUCCGACGAUAGCGACGGCCAGCGGCAAUGCCGCCGGGGCGUCACCGUCGACGUCGAGCUCGGCGCCGCCAUGGCGCUUGCCGACAUGGCCGGGGUCGCCGGACCGGGCGGCGAACAGCCGCCGCCCGUGCGGCGCGCUACUCCCGCUCCUUCUGCUCACCAGGAGGACGAGGCGAGCACGCGGCUGAGCCUGGAGCUAGGGGAGGUGAGCAUCCAGGCCUCCCCGUGCUCCAGCAGCUCCAGCUUUGGCGGGCACCCGCCGCCGCCGCCGUCCCACCAGGCGGCGUACCAGCAGCCCGCCGUACCGGAGCCAGCGACGACUGGCUACGGACCCCGGCCCCGGCACGCGGUCACCGAGGCCGAGAAGGAGGCGAAGCGGCUGCGGCGCGUGCUGGCCAACCGCGAGUCCGCCCGCCAGACCAUCCUCCGCCGCCAGGCCAUCCGGGACGAGCUCGCCAGGAAGGUCGCCGACCUGUCGUCGCAGAACGAGAGCAUGAAGAAGGAGAAGGACGUGGUCAUGGAGGAGUACCUGUCGCUCAAGGAGGCGAACAAGCAGCUCAAAGAAGAGGCACAUCGCUUUCCUACCUUUCAUGCUCGAUCUAUACUUGAAUAAAAUCUCUGCGUAAUCCUGUACUUGACUCGGCAGAUGACGUAGCAUCACUCACCUGGUUUACUACGAUUAUAGUAACGAUGUUGCCAUUGUUAGGCAGACAA